GAAGUUGUAAAUGUACAUGUCUGAGAGUAUAAUAAAUUAUUAAAAAAAUUAAAUAUUCAUAAAAGUAAAUAAACGAACAAUUGUUAUAACAAAAUAAAAGUAAUUUAUUUUAGUAAUUCAAAAAGUAGUAAAGAUGAGUACUGGGUUAGUGCCUAGUAAAAGUACAGUGUAUAUUUCUAAUUUGCCAUUUGAUCUAAAGAACAAUGAUCUGCACAAACUCUUUGAGAAAUAUGGGAGAAUCAUCAAAGUAACUGUCCUAAAGGACAAAACAACCAAGAGGAGUAAAGGUGUUGCUUUCAUAUUCUUCUUAAGCAAGGAUGAUGCCAAAAAAUGUGCAGAUGCUACCAAUAUGCAAGAGAUGUUUGGUAGGACACUUAAAGCCAGUAUAGCCAAAGAUAAUGGAAGGAGUGCUGAGUUUAUCAAGAGAAAGAAUUAUCCAGACAAAUCCAGUUGCUAUGAAUGUGGGGAGGAAGGCCACAUGAGCUACAAGUGUACCAAGAACCUGCUGGGUUCCAGAGAACCACCACCAAAGAAGAUCAAGAAGAAAAAUCAAAACAAAACAAGCACUUCCAAAGAGCCAAAAAAUUUGAAUUACUUUGAUUCAGAUGAUGAAACAUAUUAUAAUAAAACCAACAAAGUCAAUGAGUCUGAGGAGGAAAUUGAAUCAGAUAAUGAAACUUUGAGUGCUGCCAUUGCAUUGGAGCAACAACGCAUCGAAUCUGAACAAAAUAAGAGCAUUUCUGGAUCAAAUGAAAAUUUAACAAGGAAGAAAAUCAAGAAGAGUUCCUAUUUCAGUGAUGAAGAAGAAGAAAUUGAAUAAU